AUGCUCCCCGUUGCUAACUUGCACCUCAGAGAACUCGCUACUGCCACAGUGGAAUUCUUCGCUCUCCGCACCCCGACUAACACCCCCACUCAUCGUCCUCAAGACUUGGACGAGGAGCGAACUCUCACGCCUGUACACGACCCUGUCGCCCGACUGACACGGGAGUGCGCCUUGUUACGUCAACGUCUAGACGAAGCGGACCGUCGGCAAAGUCUCUGUACUUGUCAGGGGGACUCUAUAUCGACCUUGCACCAUCCACCACUGAUGAGAAAAACUAUCGAUGAAACAAGAAGAGAGCUUGCGAGGACUCAAGCCGAGAUGACCAAGUUGCAAGAGCGAUGCAGGUUAUUGGAGAGGACAUUGUUUGAGACGAGAGAGAUCUUGAAGGUUAGGGAUGAGGAGUUGGAGAAACUAAAGGAAAAACAGGCAGACACGCGAAGUUUGAAUAACCAUGACGAUCGCGAGGACGAACAGUCGCGCAGCUUUGUUGAACAGGAAGAUGACGGUCAUCCAGCGCUCUCGAAGACCACAGAGGUCUUCAUGACACGCACCGACGCUUGGUCAGGCGCACAGGUUCUUCAAGCCAUUCAUGAUCUUAAUUCAGAGAUCCUCCAGUUUUCAGCAGCAGCCACGGAGCUUUGUACAUUUGGGACCAUUCAGGCCACGCAAGACACAGCCUCGAGGCUUGGACCGAGUAUGGUGAGGAUAUUAUCCGGACGAGAUCACUCGCAAGAUCCUAUUCUCGUCCAACUAGCGUUGCAGGGCUGUAUUUCCACUUGUGUCGCCCGUGCACUAUCCGUCUUCUGUAUGGGUUUCCCCACGAAAGCGGACGCCGUCUUAACCCAAAUUUACUCGCACAUGUAUGCGGCAGAGCCACAACCUACAUCUUCAAGAUGGCGAGCAUUGACUCAUCGUCACAUCCAUACAAUGUAUCCUUACCUGAGCGACUAUUCAGCAAAUGAGCUGGCUGAAACGAUGUAUAGAUGGUCAGCAGAUAUCCUGGUGGUUGCAGGUUGUCAGGGCUAUGGGAAGGGAUCCCUCGGGUCUCGAGAUGGUCUCAGAUCACGUUUUGGAGAGCAGAUACGUCGAAUAACGAAGACGGCGUGCAAACUAGCCCAGGUGACAAAGGAGGAGAUCAUGUCGACCUGCUUCGAGAUCGUUGCAAUGGAACAUGGCGAUGCUUUCGAUCCUCGACGAAUGUUCGACACAUUCGGUGAAUAUGGCACCUCUAGAGGUGCUAUAAUCACAACUACAGAGCUUGGUGUGCGGUGCAAAACACAUAAGAGUAGGGAAAUUGCAGGAACCGAAGAUUUUGCUACAGAGAUACGAAUGCUGAUGCCACCUAAGGUAGUGCUCGAUUCGGUGUUAGACUUUGUAGAUCCCAGAUAA